CUCUUUCAUUACCUUUCAUACGCAUGCGCUAGUCGCUACUCCAUACUCACUACGCCUUUACGCAGUCUGGUCCUCUCUUUACUGAGCGAGGCUCAUAACACAGCAGAGGACAAAACAGAAACGGAUUCCCUGUUGUGGUUUAGAGGAAAAAAAGAAAAAGAGGGAGAAAGAAAGAAAAUAGAACUUUGUUUGCCUUUAGCUACCAGCAGCAGAAAGAUAACUUCAAAACGUAUAGGCUACCUACCUACCGUCAAGGAACUGCCUGCAUCCGAUAAGGGAUCUAGUCCACAUACGAGGAGAGGGAGGGGGUGUGGAGAAAAGUCGAGAGAGAGACAGAGUGUGUGUGUGUGAGAGAGAGAGAGAGAGAGCACUGAGGGAGGGAAAAAGGUCAGGACACAGGGGGCAUUUCGCACUGCGAUAAAUAAGGAUAGUAUCAGAAGGUUGCAGAAGUAACGGAAUUGGCAGAGAUAAAAACGUGUGAUAAAAUAAACGUCUGCCCACAACUUCUUCACAAAGUCAAUUGAAAGGAGUACCUUGGUAAUUGAAUUGAGCGCAUUUUCUCAAGAAAAGUAUUUGGAUACUUAGGACACAGUUGGUUUUGCUGAAGCCGAGACAGUAGGCUGGAGGAUCACUUUGGAUCGUGCGUAAUUUUCAUUGAGAGCCACCAUCAGGAUGCGCGUCUGCCUGCUCUUGGUCCUUCUCUGCCUCCUUUGCGCCGGGCACGCUCAGAAGUUUUCCGCUCUCACGUUUCUGCGGGUGGAGCAGGAUAAGGAGUGUAACAUGGAGUGUACUGGUGGUCCCAGGAAGCCCCUGUGCGCGUCGGACGGCAGGACCUUCUCAUCGCGCUGCGAGUUCCUCCGUGCCAAGUGCCGAGACCCCCAGCUGGAGGUCAUCCGAGGGCCAUGCAAAGAUACAUCCAGAUGUGUGGCAGAGAAGAAGUACACGGAACAGCAGGCCAAGAAGCUCUUCCCUCAGGUGUUUGUACCUGUCUGCAACCCAGACGGAACAUACAGUGAGGUGCAGUGUCAUAGUUACACAGGCUACUGUUGGUGUGUCACACCCAAUGGCCGUCCUAUCAGUGGCUCAGCCGUGGCCAAUAAGAAGCCCCGAUGCCAAGGGUCAAAACAUGAGAGAGCUAGCACAAGAGAACCCGGAAAAGCAGUUUCCUUGCAAAUCUUUUCCAUUCUAAACACAGAUGAGUCAGCUGGCCUAGUGGGGGAGCCGAAUUCCCCGACAGACGAGGAAGACAUAAUUUCUCAGUACCCCACCCUCUGGACAGAGCAGGUCCGCAGCCGGCAGAACAACAGGACCAGAACACAAUCCUCGUCAUGUGACCAGGAGCAGCAGUCGGCCCAGGAGGAAGCACGGCAGCACAAGAACGAGGCGGUGUUCGUGCCCGACUGUGCCCAAGGGGGCCUCUACAAACCUGUCCAGUGUCACCCGUCCACUGGGUACUGCUGGUGUGUGCUGGUGGACACAGGGCGGCCCAUUCCUGGCACCUCCACCAGUGUACGUCCUGAAGCUUCCAAGUGUACAGAUGCAACUACAUACCAACGUACAUGCAGAUAUGAGCAACCAAAGUGUGACGGCAACGCCAGAGCCCAUCCCACCAAACCGAAGGACCAUUACAGAAGCAGACAUCUUCAAGGAGGAAAUGAGGCUGGGUGCUGGGUGUUUACCUCUGCGCUGGACGCCACCUGUUUGAGAUGGGCCAAGCAUGCUAUUAUCUCCUGUGCAGGAGAAUAUGGCCCCGUAGGCCUGGGUCAUAAGAAGAGAAGAAACCCUGGAUAAUGUUCUCCUUUUCCUCCCGCAGGCGGCAAGUUGGGUUGGGGGAAAGGGGGAUGGAGGGGGGUGACUGUGAGAAAACCUAAAAACCCCUGGGGGAAGAGUCCAUGAAUCUCUCGGGCCUCCAUGGCAUUCAGCUCUUCCAGAACAACGUUGGCCCCUUAUUCUUAAAACAUUAUGGCCGAACACACAACUACUAUCAUUAGGUUAAUUUGCUUCAGUUGCCCCCUCAUGUACGUACGUACAUAUUGGAGAGGUUCUUUCCUGACUGUUCUGCAUGUGAUGAUUGGCUAAGGUUAGGUGGAGGUGUCUGUUGGAUGUAAUUGUUAACUUGUUUCAAUGGUGGACGAGACUCCAAUUUACACAGUGACACAUAUAGGGCACAUACCAGCUGUGCAUUUCUUAAAUUAUUUAUUUUUUCAAAGUUCAAAUACUCAGUCCAUCAAACACAUGUUUUAUUUAACCUUUUUUAACUAGGCAAGUCAGUUAAGAACAAAUUCUUAUUUUCAAUGACGGCCUAGGAACAAUGGGUUAACUGCCUUGUUCAGGGGCAGAACGACCUUUCGGUUACAAGUCCAACGCUCUAACCACUAGGCUACCUGAUUAUAUUAUCAGAUAAUUUUGUAGAAAGAGACCAAAAGGAUGGGAAUAUUUAGAUUCUUAUAGUCAAUAAUAUCUACAGUUUGCCCUAUGAAAUGGCACCAGGCGUUGGUUAGUCGCGUCGGGGGAUACGGGGCCAGGGCCCCUGGUCUGUAGCCCACAGUUGUGAAAACUGUGAUAGGUUUGCUUUGGGAGCCUCCAGAUACAUUUUCCUUCUCCAUGAUUGGGGAAUUCUGACACUUAUUGAAAGGGAUUAAAAAGAAAACUGUGUGACAGUCUCAUUGGGUUUUAUUUCCCCCUCUGUCAUCUUUAUGUGCUACUCAUGUUCAAACUACAGUCUCAGUUAUUUUACUUCCCUUCCCAAAGGGGUUUUAUGGUGGCAACCACCUUUGAGAAAUUGAAUGGCAUGACAUGGAAUGGAAAGUCAUUGUUCUGUGUCAUUACUCGCCGAUGUUGAAAUUCUUUUGUAAAUAAAACACAUAAUAGGUGCAUAUGCACUUAUUCAGCUACCUUUGUUUUCCU